CCUCCUGUCGGCCUCGGAGCCGCCCGCCCGCUCGCCUGUGCGCGGUGCCCAGUGCGCGGCGCCCUCCGCCCGGCUCCGCUCGGCGACUCGUCCCCGCCGCCGGCCGCUCCCUUGCCUGCCCCUCCAUGUCUCUGCCCGUGGUUCUGCCGGGCUCCUGCUGCCCGGUGGCGGGGCUCUCGGGUGGCCCGCAGGCAGGGGGCCCGGGCACGGUGGCCGCUGCCUGUCAGGAACCGCCGCUGCCCCCGCUGCGGCCGCGCUGGCCCCGGGGCGCGCUGCAGCCCCCGGUGCGGCCUCGCUGCGCCGCCACCGCCACCGCCACCGGGGUGCUGGCCCCGCCGCCCGCGCUCGCCUCCCGCCGGGCCACCACCGCCGCUGCCGCCGCCCCGGGCUCCGCGCUGCUGCCCGCCCGGCCGCUGCUGUCGCUCGGGCUGCUGCAGUUAAUCCUGGGCUGCUGCAUGGUGGCGCUCAGCUUCGGGGCGCUGUCGCUGAGCAGCUCCCCGCAGGUGAAGAACUCGUGCCCGUUCUGGGCCGGCUCCUCGGUGAUACUCUCGGGAAUCAUAGGGUUAACAACUUGGAAACGGCCCAUGAUACUCCUGGUGAAUCUCUUUGUGCUGCUUUCUGUGGUGUGUGUCCUCCUAAAUCUCGCAGGAUUCAUCCUGGGCUGCCAAGGGGCGCAGUUUGUGUCCAGCGUGCCCAGGUGUGACCUGGUGGACUUAGGUGAAGGCAAGAUUUGUUUCUGUUGUGAAGAAUAUCAACCAGCCAAAUGCACGGACAAAGAAAAUGCCUUGAAGCUCUUUCCGGUUCAGCCUUGUAGUGCUGUUCACCUUCUACUAAAGAAAGUCCUCUUUGCCCUCUGUGCCUUGAAUGCCCUGACUACCACUGUGUGCUUGGUGGCUGCUGCACUUCGCUACCUCCAGAUAUUUGCUACCAGAAGGUCCUGCAUCGAUGAAUCCCAGAUAUCUGCAGAAGAAGUGGAAGACCACAGCCGGAUCCCAGACCCUGAUGACUUCGUGCCACCUGUGCCUCCUCCUUCCUACUUUGCCACGUUUUACUCGUGCACGCCCCGGAUGAACCGCAGGAUGAUUGGUUCUGAUAUCAUUCCACUGCCGCACAUCUAUGGAGCUCGAAUCAAAGGUGUGGAAGUGUUCUGUCCUCUGGACCCCCCACCUCCAUAUGAAGCUGUGGUGAGCCAGAUGGACCAGGAGCAGGGAUCUUCAUUCCAAAUGCCCGAAGGAACGGAAGCUGCUGCAAGUCCAUCGGAACCAGUUUGUAUACAAGUGACUCAAGGUGAGGACAUUUCUAACACACCUGUCGAAGAAAGCACAUCUGUAUUGACUCCCAGUUCAAACCCGGUGCCUCCUUCCAGAAGCCGGAGAGCCCUCCCGCCCCUCAGGACAAGAUCAAAGAGUGACCCUGUGCUCUGCCAUUCUGAGGAGAGAGCCACCCCAGUGCUCAGUUGUGAAGCUGCGACUCAGACUGAAAGGAGACUGGACCUGGCUGCUGUGACUCUGAGGAGAGGCAUGAGACCAAGAGCAUCAAGAUGCAGACCUCGCUCUUUAAUAGAUUACAAGUCUUACAUAGACACCAAGCUACUGGUAGCCAGGUUCCUGGAGCAAUCCUCCUGCAGCAUGACCCCAGACAUCCAUGAACUUGUAGAAAAUAUUAAAUCUGUUUUGAAGUCUGACGAGGAGCACAUGGAGGAAGCCAUCACAAGUGCCAGUUUCCUAGAACAGAUAAUGGCCCCUUCCCAGCCCAGCACUUCCUGGGCCCACACUGCACCCUCUCGGAGACAGCCUGGCUUGCUGCACCUGUGGAGCUGCGGCGACCUGAGCACCUUUGCUCCCGUGGGAAGGCCGAGCGUGGAGAGGAGGCCCCGGCGAGCGGAGGCUGAGCGGCCACACAGCCUCAUUGGUGUCGUCCGGGAGACCGUCCUGUGAUCCCAGUCCAAGGGAGAAGUGUGCUGUUUACUGGCUGGGAGUUGGGGUCCCUGUCUGGGAACUCCUCCAGAAGAGGUGCACUCCCUCUCUUUGGCUCCCUUUUUUGCUGACCGAGGUCACUCCAGGGUGAAGGCUUAGGUUCUCCCAGGCCCCUUUGGGGGUUGGAGGCAUCGAAUUGGAGGUGAAGGCAGUGAGAUCUCUUUCCUCUGCUGGGUCUCCCAGCAUUUCUGAGGGACACAUGUCCCCGUAUGGGCAGAAACUGGGCUACUGAUCCUUUGCCGGCCCCAGGCCUCUUGGCUCUGGGUGCUGCCAAGUUCUUUCCCUCACGGGAAGGACAGAGCUGCUGGGCUGCUGUUUAUAGCUGCUCAGAGAGGAAGUGGCACAAGACAGGAUGGUUAUCCCCCAUGUGAUCGCAGUCCCCAAGCCCAUUCAGGUUACCCUCCAAUCCCACCCUCUUUAGAAAAAACCGGAAAUUUGUCAAUGAAAGCUGUUUAGGGAGAGGAUUAUUGUUGAUUCCAUUUAUUCGUGCUUGCAAAACUAGAGCACCUGAGGCAGAAGGGAGAAUAAAAUGUUUACUUUGGAUCUCUGGGCUGCUCGCUGUGUAGUAUUUUGUGUGUGCCGGUGGCCGGCCCUGACUUUACAGGUUUGGAGCUCAGAACGGCUGUGGUCAGGUUCCCUGGGGCAGGCUGCCAAACCAGCUCCUCUCCAAAGCACCUGAACCCUGUGACUAACAAUGCGCCCUUCAUACAAGGGCUAGGCUGAAUGGCUCUGUGGGGCUGCAUU